AUGGGGCGCCUAGGGAUAUUGUUUCUGGGGAGAGCGGCCUGCCAUUUACAGAGGAGGGGUGGAAGAGAGGGGUUGCAGCUCUCCCGUCAUUUGGAGCAGGGCAAUCUGCCUUCAACGAUUUUCUCUAAUCAAAGUAAGAUUACAAAAUUUAAGAUCUCUGGUAAUCGAUUAGAAGGGGUGUUGUCAUUUUCAAUAUUUGCCAAUGCUUCUAGUCUUCACCACCUUGAUCUUUCAAACAAGAAGUUGGAAGUUGAAACAGAGUCUCCCUCCUGGGUGCCCACCUUUCAGCUAGAACCUCUGAACUUGACAAGUUGCAGCCUCAACAAGAAGAAUGGUCAUGUUGUCCCAACUUUCAUAUUCACCCAAUAUUUAUUGUAUUGGCUAGACUUGUCUGACAACUCAUUAGAUGGAAGCAUACCUUGUAAACUAUUUUUCAACAUGAAUAUCACAGGUUUUCACUUGAGUGGCAACAAAAUUGAUGGUUCUUUCCUUGACUGCUCUACUAAUGGAACUGCACCACUUGAGUCAUUGGACAUAUUUGAUAAUCAUGUCAAAGGCUCUCUUCCAGAAAAUAUUGGAUAUCUUCUUCCAAGCUUAAUUUGCAUUGACAUGUCCUUAAAUGCAUUAGAAGGCAACAUUCCUUGGUCCUUUGGUUGUCCACCUCUCCAUGGUGUAGACUUCUCUCAUAACAUGCUCUUAGGAACAAUACUGCAAAAUUUGACUAGCACUGGCACGUGGCUUAUGUUGUUAGAUUCAUCAAACAACAAAUUGCAAGGACAAAUGCUCCCAAAGGACACGAACAUGACAAUGUUGAGGAUUUUAUGUCUUAGUAGCAAUCACUUCGAAGGAGUAAUCUCCCCCACCAUAUUAAAAAGUCAAUAUUUACUAAUCCUAGAUGUUCGAGAUAAUGACUUGUCUGGUAAUAUUCUAGAGUGGUUGUAUGAUCAUUCUCGCUUGGUAGCACUUAUUUUAAGUGGAAAUCGCUUUGAAGGUCACCUAACCCAAAGAUUGUAUCGGAUGAAAACAUCGCAAGCUUUUGUCAUCUCUCACAAUCGUCUUUCAGGAGGUAUUCCCUCCUACCUUGAUAACAUUACUUUCUGGAACAAGAGUUCUCCAAGCCUUAUUACUCAUUGGAAUUACUAUAUCAAUAAACUUGAACUACAGUAUCCCUACCUAUUUAGAGAUGAUUUUAUUCGGUCGUUCAUACCAUUGGAAACUCAAAUGUCUUUGUUCAUAAAAAAUAGGUUAUAUAAUUUCAAAGGUUUCCCUCCUUGGAUGAUGAUUGCAAUUGACCUGUCAUCUAACCAGUUGACAGGUAGCAUUCCUUCUGAAAUGGGAGAACUGUCACAACUUCGGUUCUUGAACUUGUUGAAUAACUCUCUAAUAGGUUUCAUUCCAAUCUCUUUUCAAAACUUGAGAAGCAUGGAGUGUUUGGAUCUUUCUCACAACCACUUGAGAGGGAGAAUCCCUUCUAAAUUGGUUGGACUUACUUCUAUAUCUAUUCCCCAUAUACUACCUGAGGCGAUAGCUGCUCAAGCUGGUGACACAUCAGCUGUAUUUGCUUUGGGCACAUUUGAAGCAGAUCCAGCCACUUCUGCUUCAUCUACGGGCCCUGCUGACACUAUGCCCAGUGAACAGGGAGAUUGGCCCAAGGGCAAGGAUAUUGCUCCUGAGGUACGUAGAGUGAAAAUGGAGAAGACGUUGGGGAAGAAGUCUGCAUUUGGGAGUGGCAAACCUUCAUCAAUUUUCUCUAAUCAAAGCAAGAUUAUGAAAUUUAAGGUCUCUGGUAAUCAAUUAGAAGGGGUGUUGCCAUUUUCCAUAUUUUCCAACGCUUCUAGUCUUUACUACCUUGAUCUUUCAAAUAACAAGUUGGAAGUUGAAAUAGAGUCUCCCUCCUGGGUGCCCACCUUUCAGCCAGGAUAUCUGAACUUAGCAAGUUGUGGCCUCAACAAGAAGAAUUGUCACGUUUUCCUAACCUUCAUAUCCACCCAACAUUUGUUGUAUUUGCUAGACUUGUCUGACAACUCAUUAGAAGGAAGUGUACCUUGUCAACUACUUUUCAACAUGAGUAUCUCAGUUUUGUACUUGAGUGGCAAAAAAAUCAAUGGUUCUUUCAUUGACUGCUUUGCUAAUGGAACUUCACCACUUGAGUCGUUGGACAUAUCUGAUAAUCAUGUCAAAGGCUCUCUUCCAGAAAAUAUUGGAUAUCUUCUUCCAAGCUUAAUUAGCUUUAUCGUGUCCUCAAAUGCACUAGAAGGCAACAUUCCUUGGUCCUUUGGUUAUCUGCCUUUCCAUUGUGUAGACCUUUCUCAUAACAUGCUCUUAGGAACAGUACUGCAGAGUUUGACUAGAACUGGCAUGUGA